AUGGCCGACGUCAAGGUCACGCUCCCAGCCUCUGCGCGCAUCUUUGGCGCAGAGGAUGAGGGCUUCAUGUGCCUUGAACUCGAAGAUGGCUCGGCCUUCCAAGGUUACAGCUUUGGAGCUCCCAAAUCCAUUGCCGGAGAACUCGUCUUCGGAACUGGCAUGGUGGGGUACACGGAAGGUCUCACUGAUCCCUCCUACCGUGGCCAAAUCCUAGUCAUCACCUUUCCCGAAGUUGGAAACUAUGGUGUUCCCACCCGGGAAGCCUUCGACGAGAUUCUCGGCGGCUUACCAGCCUACAUCGAGUCUUCUCGCAUUCACAUUGCCGGCUUGGUCACGGCGUCGUACUCUGGCGAGGACUACUCGCAUUUCCUGGCCGAAUCCUCACUCGGAACGUGGCUUAAGGAAGAGGGUGUUCCUGCUAUGUAUGGUGUUGACACUAGGGCAUUGACGAAGAGAAUCCGCAACAAGGGAGCGCUUCUCGGACGCAUGCGAUUCCAAAAGAAGAGCCUGGUCAAUGGCACCGCCAAUGGGGAAACUAGCGGUCGCAUUUUGCCACUUGCCCUGGACAACUUUGAGGAAGUUGACUGGGUGAAGCCCUUCGAGACAAAUAUCGUGGCCGAGGUGUCGAUCAGGACCCCUAAACUGUACAAGCCCAGCCCCGCCGUUGCACGAAAGCACCCCUCUGGCCGAAACCUCCGAGUGGUGUGCCUUGAUGUUGGUAUGAAAUACAACCAGCUACGAUGCCUCCUAAGACGUGGUGUUGAGGUUCUCGUCUGCCCGUGGGACUACGAUGUCGCACAAGAGGUCGGGGAUGAAUUCGAUGGUCUUUUCAUCUCGAACGGUCCUGGUGAUCCCGCUCUUCUCGACGCCACCGUGCAGAAUGUCACCAAGGUUAUGGAACGUAACAGGGUGCCCAUCUUCGGCAUCUGUCUCGGCCACGAAAUCCUAGCCAGAGCUAGCGGCGCCGACACCAUCAAGAUGAAGUUUGGCAACCGCGGUGCCAAUAUCCCCUGCACCAACAUGAUCACCGGUCGGUGCUACAUUACGUCUCAAAACCACGGAUAUGCUGUCGAUGCGACCACCCUGUCCCCAACUUGGAAGGAAUUGUUUAUAAACGCCAAUGACGGUAGCAACGAGGGUAUCUUGUGCAUCAACCGACCUUAUUUCAGUGUCCAAUUCCACCCGGAGAGCACUCCCGGUCCCCGAGAUACCGAACAUCUUUUCGACAUCUUCCUAGAUACCAUGAGCAAGUGCGCGGAGGAUCCCACCAAUCUUCAGAAACCUGUCAAGUUUGCCGAUGAAGAGGUUGCCGAAAACUUCUUCAGCGGAAACCCGCCCAAGCGGAACCCACGCGUAGAUGUCAAGAAGGUCCUGAUUCUCGGAAGUGGUGGUCUGAGCAUCGGUCAAGCUGGUGAAUUCGACUACUCUGGCAGUCAGGCCAUCAAGGCUCUUAAAGAGGAGGGGAUUUAUACCGUUCUGAUCAACCCCAACAUUGCCACCAUCCAAACAUCCCAGGGCCUCGCCGACAAGGUCUAUUUCCUUCCUGUCAAUGCUGAUUUCGUUCGCAAAGUCAUCCUCUACGAACGUCCGGAUGCCAUCUAUGUCACCUUUGGUGGUCAGACUGCACUCAGUGUUGGUAUCCAGUUGAAGGAUGAGUUCGAAAAGCUUGGAGUCAAGGUUCUAGGAACCCCCAUCGACACCAUCAUCACGACCGAAGAUCGAGAACUCUUCGCCCGGAGCAUGGACUCGAUCAACGAAAAGUGCGCCAAAUCGGCGUCAGCAAGCAGCGUCGAGGAGGCCAUGAGGGUCGUCAACGAAAUUGGCUUUCCGGUCAUCGUCCGCGCUGCCUACGCCUUGGGUGGUCUGGGUAGUGGCUUCGCUAACAACGAAGAGGAACUGCUUGAUCUGUGCAACAAGGCGCUCGCCGCCAGUCCGCAGGUCCUUAUCGAGCGAAGCAUGAAGGGUUGGAAGGAGAUCGAGUAUGAAGUUGUCCGAGACGCCGAAGACAACUGCAUUACUGUCUGCAACAUGGAGAACUUUGAUCCCCUGGGUAUUCACACUGGCGAUUCAAUCGUUGUUGCACCAUCUCAAACUCUCUCCGAUGAAGAUUACAACAUGCUGCGAACCACUGCCGUUAACGUUAUCCGCCAUCUUGGCGUGGUGGGAGAGUGCAACAUCCAGUAUGCUCUCAACCCUGACUCCAGGGAAUACUGCAUCAUCGAGGUCAACGCGCGCCUUUCCAGGUCUUCUGCCCUCGCCUCCAAGGCCACUGGCUAUCCCUUGGCCUUUAUUGCUGCUAAGCUCGGUCUUGGAAUUCCCCUCAAGGAGAUCUCCAACUCCGUUACGAGGUCGACCUGCGCAUGCUUCGAGCCAUCUCUUGAUUACGUCGUUGUGAAGAUGCCUCGCUGGGAUUUGAAGAAGUUUACUCGAGUUUCGACUCAGCUCGGAUCGUCGAUGAAGAGCGUUGGUGAGGUCAUGAGCAUUGGCAGGACUUUCGAGGAAGCGAUCCAGAAGGCUAUCCGCUCUAUCGACUUCCACAACCUAGGCUUCGGCAGCACGAAGGCCCUCAUCUCGAUUGAUGAUGAGCUCCAAACACCUUCAGAUCAGCGUCUAUUCGCCAUCGCCAAUGCCAUGUAUGCUGGCUACUCUGUUGAGAAAAUCUGGAGUCUUACUCGCAUCGACAAGUGGUUCUUGCAUAAGCUAAAGCGUCUUUCCAACUUCGAAAAGGCCAUGGAGAAGUACACUACCAGCGAUAUUAUCAAGUCCCCCGCAAUUCUUCUCGAGGCCAAGAGGCUUGGCUUCAGUGACAGGCAGCUAGCCAAGUUCUGGAACUCCAACGAGAUUGCCAUUCGAAGGCUGAGGCAAGAAUCCGGCAUUGCACCUUUCGUGAAGCAGAUCGAUACCGUCGCCGCCGAGUUCCCUGCCUUCACUAACUACCUCUACCUAACGUACAACGCAUCGGAAAGCGAUGUCGACUUCGAUGAUCAAGGCGUCAUGGUCCUUGGUUCUGGCGUUUACCGUAUCGGUUCUUCCGUUGAGUUCGACUGGUGCUCUGUUCGCGCCAUUCGCACCCUCCGAGACCUGGGCUACAAGACCGUUAUGGUUAACUACAACCCAGAGACGGUUAGCACUGAUUACGAUGAGGCCGAUAAACUCUACUUCGAGAACAUCAAUCUGGAGACUGUUCUCGACAUCUACCAGCUGGAGAGUGCCAGUGGUGUUCUUGGAGCCAUGGGUGGCCAGACUCCAAACAACAUUGCCCUCCCCCUCCUCCGCGCCGGCGUUCACGUUCUUGGCACUUCGCCCGAGAUGAUCGACUCCGCUGAGAAUAGGUACAAGUUCUCGCGUAUGCUUGACCGCAUCGGCGUGGACCAACCCACCUGGAAGGAACUCACUAGCUUCGAGGAGGCUAGGUCUUUCUGCGAGAAAGUCAGCUACCCUGUCCUGGUCCGGCCGUCGUACGUGCUUUCGGGUGCAGCGAUGAACACUGUAUACUCCGAAAAGGAUCUCGAGAACUACCUCGCCCAGGCCGCGGAGGUGUCUCGCGAGCAUCCAGUCGUCAUCACCAAGUACAUCGAGAAUGCCAAAGAGAUUGAGAUGGACGCCGUCGCCAAGGACGGCAAGGUUGUUUGCAAGUACAUCUCGGAGCAUGUGGAGAAUGCUGGUGUGCACUCUGGAGAUGCUACUUUGAUCUUGCCGCCCCAGGAUCUCGAGCAAACCACCAUUGAUCGCAUUGUUGAAGCAACUGAAAAGAUCGCAGAGAACCUCAACGUCACCGGCCCCUUCAACAUUCAGUUUAUCGCUAAGGACAACGAUAUUAAAGUUAUCGAAUGCAAUGUCCGUGCCUCGCGAUCCUUCCCCUUUGUCUCAAAGGUCAUGGGCGUCGACCUUAUCGAGAUUGCGACCAAGGCUAUCAUGGGGCAGCCAUUCAUCGAGAACCCACCCAGUGACUUGCCCCCUGACUGCGUUGGUGUGAAGGUGCCUCAGUUCAGUUUCUCCCGCCUUUCCGGUGCCGACCCUGUGCUCGGUGUCGAGAUGGCGUCUACUGGAGAAGUUGCGUGCUUCGGCGUCGACAAGUAUGAGGCGUACCUCAAGGCGUUGAUCUCGACGGGCUUCAAGAUCCCCAAAGAGAACAUUUUGCUCUCUAUCGGAUCUUACAAGGACAAGAAGGAAAUGCUCCCCUCGGUGCAGAAGCUUCAACGACUUGGCUAUAAGCUCUUCGCCACUGCCGGAACGGCAGACUUCCUCCAGGAGCACGGAAUCCCAGUCCAAUACCUCGAGGUUCUUGAAAAGGAUCUCGAGGGCCAAAAGUCGGAGUUCUCUCUGACCCAGCACCUGGCCAACAACAUGAUUGACUUGUACAUCAACCUUCCUUCUAACAACCGCUACCGACGCCCGGCUAGCUACAUGAGCAAGGGAUACCAGACCCGACGAAUGGCCGUUGACUACCAGAUUCCGCUGGUCACCAACGUGAAGAAUGCCAAGAUCCUCAUCGAAGCCAUUGCACGUCAAUUUGACCUUGAAAUCUGCAAGCGAGACUUCCAGACCAGCCACAAGACGGUGGUCUUCCCAGGGUUGGUCAAUGUCGCCGCCUUCGUACCUGGACUUGUGUCUCCCGGCAACGACGACCUCAAGACCAUCACCAAGGCGUCUGUCCUCGCCGGCUUCAGCAUGCUCCGUGUCAUGCCUCUCGGCUUGGAAGGCUCGAUUACGGACGCGCUGUCCUUGAAGGUUGCCCAGCAGAACUCCAAGGCCGGAGGUUACUGCGACUUCAAUUUCUCCGUUGCCGCAACCAGCGACAAUGCGGAGCAGAUCAGCCAAGUUACAGGAGAAGUGGGAUCUCUGUUCAUCCCUUUCAACCAUCUCUCUUGCAACAUUAGCAAGGUUGCUACUGUGACGGCGCAUUUCGAGUCGUGGCCUCAGCUGAAGCCUAUUAUUACGGACGCCAAGCUCACCGACCUGGCUUCGGUCCUUCUUCUGGCCAGCCUCCACGACCGACGCAUCCACGUGUCCUCGGUUACCACGAAGGAGGACAUCCGUCUCAUCGCGCUCAGCAAGAACAAGGGCCUGAAGGUCACCUGCGAUGUUUCGAUCUACGCGCUCUACCUGUCCCAGGAUGACUUCCCUGGCUACGAGAAACUGCCCACCGCAGAAGAUCAGCGAGCUCUGUGGGAGCAUCUCGACACCAUUGACGUCUUUGCCAUCGGAAGCCUCCCAUACCAGCUAGCGGCGUCGCGUGGCUACAAGCCCGAUGCUUCUGUUGGUAUCGCCGAGAGUCUGUCUCUGCUGCUGACAUCCGUUGCGGAUGGACAACUCACUCUCGACGAUGUCAAGACGAGGCUCUACGACAACCCGGUUGAGAUCUUUGAGCUACACGACCAGCCCGGAUCAUCAAUCGAAGUGGAGGUUGACCGACCAUUCCAGGUCACGACCGAGGGUGUUAGUUGGACACCUUUCGCCGGGCGGACUCUCAAGGGAUGCGUCCAGCGAGUGACUUUCAUGGGCAAGACUAUCUGCAUGGACGGUGAGCUUCUGGAUGGCCGACCGCUGGGCCAGGAUGUGUCCUCUCACAUACCCCCGUCGCACACUGUCCUGCCUCUGCCUCUGCCUAUGUCGCCGCCGAUGAAGCCACUACAGCCUUUCGAGUCUCCCCUGGACCUUGCCGGACGUCGGGCGUCGUUCCUUUCCCCCGGUCAGCGGCCGUUCGCGCGGCCAAAGAUGCUGGAAGGUAUGGGUGCUGGAUUGUCACCUGCGCUUAGGCCGUCGCCCUUCGAAGAGGCACCCGCCCCCGUCUUGCCAGGCCAGCUGCAAGUGCAAGGACACCAAGCGGCUGCGAUCUUGGAUCUGAUCUCGCAGCCGUCUCCGUUCAAGCGAUCGCAUGUCCUCUCGGUGAAGCAAUACACGCGAGCUGAUCUGCACUUGCUCUUCACCGUAGCACAGGAGAUGCGACUCGGGGUUCAGCGCGAAGGCGUUUUGAACGUUCUUAAGAGCCGCGUCUUGGUCACGUUAUUCUACGAGCCGUCUACACGAACGUCGUCCUCGUUCGACGCGGCCAUGCAGCGACUCGGCGGACGAACGAUUGCAGUUGCGACUUCCCAGUCAUCAGUUAACAAGGGAGAGACUUUGCAGGACACGCUGAGGACACUAGGUUGCUACGGCGAUGCCAUUGUCUUGCGCCAUCCCGACGAGUCCAGCGUGAACACGGCGCAAAAGUACUCGUCGGUGCCUGUGAUUAACGGAGGUAACGGAAGCAAGGAACACCCGACGCAGGCAUUCCUCGAUCUGUUCACGAUUCGCGAGGAGAGGGGCACGGUCGAGGGCCUGACGAUUACUUUCGUCGGUGAUCUCCUCUACGGACGCACGGUGCACUCGCUUGUGUACCUCCUCCGUCACUACCAGGUUAGGAUCCAGUUGGUGGCUCCUCGAAGACUGGCGCUCCCCGCCGAGCUUCGCGACCAGCUCAUCGCCGAGGGGCGCCUGCUACGCGAGUCGGAGGUUCUGACGAAGGAAAUCCUUGCGGACAGCGAUGUUCUCUACUGCACACGCAUCCAAAAGGAGAGGUUUCCGUCGGAGCAGGACUACGAGAAGGUCAAGGGAUCGUACCGCAUCGACAACGCUACUCUCAAGUACACGAAGCCGGAGACGGUCGUCAUGCAUCCCCUGCCAAGGAACGAAGAAGUUGCGGAAGAGGUUGACUUCGAUCAGCAGAGGGCGGCGUACUUUAGACAGAUGCGAUAUGGUCUGUACUGCCGCAUGGCUCUGCUGGCGCUGGUGAUGGGUCCUUGA